CUCUGAAGGCGCAUUCAGUCGGCGAGAGCUCACGGUGCGGACGGUGGAGCCUCAGUCCAGCCUGAGUAGCCUUUAAUCCAGUCUUGCACACUCUCACACUCACAGCUGGAAGAGGACAGACAUGGCAACCACAACCUGCACGCGCUUCACCGACGAGUACCAGCUCUACGAGGAGCUCGGAAAAGGGGCUUUCUCCGUGGUGCGCCGAUGUGCGAAACUCAGCACGGGUCAGGAAUACGCCUCCAAAAUCAUCAACACCAAGAAGCUCUCAGCUCGAGACCACCAGAAGCUGGAGCGUGAGGCGCGGAUCUGCCGUCUGCUAAAACACUCCAACAUCGUGCGCCUCCAUGACAGUAUAUCAGAGGAGGGCUUCCACUACCUGCUGUUUGACCUCGUCACAGGUGGAGAGCUGUUUGAAGACAUCGUGGCCAGAGAAUAUUACAGUGAAGCGGACGCCAGUCAUUGCAUCCAGCAGAUCCUGGAGGCGGUGCUUCACUGCCAUCAGAUGGGCGUGGUCCACCGAGACCUCAAGCCGGAGAACCUGCUCUUGGCCAGUAAAUGCAAGAAUGCCGCCGUCAAGUUGGCAGAUUUUGGUCUGGCCAUCGAAGUACAGGGAGACCAGCAGGCCUGGUUCGGAUUUGCUGGAACGCCGGGUUAUCUUUCUCCAGAGGUGCUCCGGAAAGAAGCGUAUGGGAAGCCGGUGGACAUUUGGGCGUGUGGAGUCAUCCUCUACAUCCUGCUGGUGGGCUAUCCUCCAUUCUGGGAUGAAGACCAGCACAAACUCUACCAGCAGAUCAAGGCUGGAGCGUAUGACUUUCCCUCCCCGGAGUGGGACACGGUCACCCCUGAAGCCAAAAACCUCAUCAAUCAGAUGCUGACCAUCAACCCGGUCAAGAGAAUCACAGCGCAGGAGGCUCUCAAACACCCGUGGGUCUGCCAACGCUCCACCGUGGCGUCGAUGAUGCACAGACAGGAGACAGUCGAGUGCCUGAAGAAGUUUAACGCCAGACGGAAACUCAAGGGAGCCAUACUGACCACCAUGCUGGUGUCGCGCAACUUCUCCGUGGGCAGGCAAACCACGGCUCCCUCCACCAUCUCUGCAGCCACCGGUCUGGUGGAACAAGCAGCCAAGAGUCUGCUCAACAAGAAGACUGAAGUCAAGCCUCAGUCUCAGUCAAACAGUGUGAAGAGCAGCAGCGUCUCCAGUCCUAAAGGAAGUGUUCCUCCUCCUGCUCUGGAGCCUCAGACCACUGUUAUUCAUAAUCCAGUGGAUGGGAUAAAGGAAUCUUCCGACAGCAGCAACACAACCAUCGAGGAUGAAGACGUCAGAGCACGCAAGCAGGAGAUCAUCAAGAUCACGGAGCAGCUGAUAGAAGGCCUCAAUAAUGGAGACUUUGAGGCCUAUGCGAAAAUGUGUGACCCAGGGCUGACGUCUUUCGAACCCGAGGCUCUGGGGAACCUGGUGGAGGGAAUGGACUUCCACAGAUUUUACUUUGAGAACUCGCUUUCCAAGAACAGUAAACCGAUCCACACCACCAUCCUGAACCCUCAUGUGCACCUGAUUGGUGAAGAUGGCGCCUGCAUCGCCUACAUCCGCCUGACACAGUUUGUGGAUGGCCAGGGCCUCCCACGCAGCAGCCAAUCAGAGGAGACGCGGGUGUGGCACCGCCGGGAAUCCAGAUGGCAGAACAUUCACUUCCACUGCUCCGGCGCUCCAGCGGCUCCUCUGCAGUGAAGAGCGGUUCUGCAGUGGAUCAUAGAUGAUGGACCAAUGGGACGCCAGCACUCUGAAAACUCCAGCCUAGAAGCCGAUAGUCUCUCUUUCUGUCUGUUCUUCUCUCUCUCUAUGCCUCUCUCUCAAAUUCAAUUCAAUUCAAAACC